UAAUAAUAAAAGUUUUAAUGUUAUUGAUGAUAUUGUAUACUAAAUUAUAAAUAAAGAAAAUUAUGUUUUUAAGUAGACAAUAUUUGAGAAAUAAAUCACGAAAUUCUGUAAGUAUAAUAAAAUAUUAUACAUCAAUAAGAUUAAAUAGUACAGAAAAUAAUAUUGAUUCAUCAUCAUCAUAUCGUUUUUAUCCUGGAAAAUUACCUAUUAUUGAUAUCACAGUAGGAAAAUUAUUUGAAAAAGCAUGUAAAGAAUUUAAAAAUCGUGAAUGUGUUGUAUCAGUUCAUCAAAAUAAUAUUCGCUUAACAUACAAUCAAGUACUUGAACGUGCGGAUAAAUUAGCAGCAGGAUUAAAAAAAUUAAAUUUAAAAUACGGUGAUCGUGUAGGCGUAUGGGGUCCAAAUGAUUACCAAUGGUUACUUGCAUUUAUCGCAAUAUCACGAGCUGGAUGUAUCAUGGUUGGUAUUAAUCCAGCUUAUCAACAAAAUGAAUUAAAUUAUUGUUUAAAUAAAGUUCAAGUUAAUACUGUUAUUGCCCCUGAUAAAUUUCGUACACAAGACUAUGGAAAAAUGUUAAUUGAUGCAAAAAAUACAUGUCCUUCAUUAAAAAACAUUAUUUUAUGGACAGAUAAUUCAAUAAAAGGAACAUAUAGGUUCUCAGAUAUUGAAUCUCUUGCUACAAAUGUUGAAAUUGAGGGAAUUAAAGCAACUCAAAAUGAAAUUUCACCCUAUGACGGUUGUAAUAUUCAAUUUACUUCUGGCACUACAGGUUAUCCUAAGGCACCCUUAUUAUCACACAGAUCUUUUGUUAAUAACGGACGUCAGAUAGUAGAAAGAGCCGGAUUGAUAAAUAAUAAUAUUCAUCAUAAAGUUUGUUUAAAUGUACCAUUUUUUCAUGCAUUUGGUAUGAUACAUGGAUGUAUGGCUGGUUUUUACGCUGGUAUGACAUUUGUACUUGAAUCGCCAAUAUUUAAUCCAAAAAAUUCAAUUGAAACAAUUGUUAAUGAAAAAUGUACUGUUGCUUAUGGAACUCCAACAAUGUGGGUAAAUAUGUUGGAUAUGCAGGAAAAAUUACAAGCUCGAAUUUCAUCAUUGCAUUUAACAACAACUGGUGGUGCAAUAGUAUCACCUGAAUUGAUGAAAAAAAUUCGCAAUACAUUUAAAGUAGAUAAACCAACGAUAAUUUAUGGUCUUACGGAAAAUACAGCAGUUGUUUUUCAUACAGUACCUGAAGAUCCACAUGAAUUAACUGAUUACACUGUAGGGCGUCUUCAUGAUCAUAUUGAAGCAAAGGUAGUAGAUGAAAAUGGACAAACGAUACCUAUUGGUACACCUGGAGAACUUUGGACUCGUGGUUAUUCUACAAUGAUAGGUUAUUGGAAUGAUCCAGAAAAUACAUCAAAGACAAUAGAUGAAGCUGGUUGGUUGAAAAGUGGUGAUAAAUUUAUAUUACAUGCCAAUGGAUAUGGUGAAGUUGUUGGGAGAUUAAAAGAUAUCAUUAUUCGUGGGGGUGAAAAUAUUUUUCCAAAGGAAAUUGAAGGAUUUUUAGAAUCACACAAUGAUAUAAUAGAAGCACAAGUAUUUGGUGUACAUGAUGAUGUUUAUGGUGAAGAAAUCUGUGCCUGCAUUCGAUUAAAAAAUAAUAAAAAAAAAAUUACUUUGAAUGACAUUAAAUUAUAUGCUAAAGGUAAAAUAUCUCAUUUCAAAAUACCACGAUAUAUUCAUUUUGUUGAAGAAUUUCCAAAAACUACAAGUGGAAAAAUUCAAAAAUUCAAAUUAAAACAACUUAUGGAAAUUAAUGGGAUUAUACCUCCAUCUAAAGGAAAAUAAAUCAAUAAUAUUUU